AUGGUUAUCAUAUGGAGGCGAAGAGUAACAGAAGGCACUUCAUGGUGCAAGAUGUUUCACGUUGCUGGAUCAGCACAACCAAUUAACUGUAGUAUACUCAACUGGACUAUUGAAGAGACAUACAUCGUGGUAGAAUCCAGUGAUAAGUUUGAUACCAUCACGGUUGCAGGAACUAAUUAUAGCCAACAUGGAGGGACUUUUAACAUCACCAACUUGUCUCCUGGAUGCACAUAUAACAUUACGUUUUUAAAACAGACCUAUACUGUGUGCAACAUCUCUCUUCACACAAAACUUCAAUCAGUCUCAAAUGUGAAAGCGCAUGCAGUCAACACCACAACCUUAAGUGUGUCAUGGACAGCACCACAAGGGUGUUAUGAUGGAUUCAACAUAAGAAUCAACCCCAGCACAUUAACUUCAGUUGGAAAUGUAACUUCAUAUAUUAUGAAUGAUCUAAAACCUGGAGUGACUUACAGAAUUGAAAUAAUUACAUUUCGGGGAGAAAAUGCUUCAAACCCGUCUGCAUCUCAGAAUGGAACUACAAAUGGGCUGAUGGGAGUAAUUAGAUUUGUGCUUGCAGAUAAAGGGGAGAAAGUGAUUGCUGAGGUCAUCGGGGAUGACCCCCGAUGA